AUGACUUGGAGUAUGGUUUUACCAGGUUUUGAUAUCAUCAAUGGUGUAACAAUUGACUACAUGCAUUGUGUUUUGCUGGGCAUCACUAAAAUGUUGUUAACUUUGUGGACAGAAAAGUCAUAUUCCAGUAAUCCAUGGUAUCUUGGGUCAGAAAAUGUCAAGAAAUUGGAACAAAGAUACUUAGUUAUUAAGCCCCCAAAUGUCAUAACACGUACACCCAGAAGUCUGUUAAAGAAUCUUGCACAUUUUAAAGCAUCAGAACUGCGUUCUUUUCUUUUGUACUAUGCCCUUCCCUGUCUCUGGGGACUUCUAGAGGAAGUUUAUUUUCAGCACCUCGUGCUUCUGGUAGAUGCAAUCUAUUUACUCCUACAAGACUCCAUUUCACCAAAUGAUGUAGAGAGUAGCUCAUCAAUGCUGUUACACUUCUGCACAAGGAUGGAGGCCCUGUAUGGUAGAAGGUAUGAGACAUACAAUGUGCACAUGCUGCUUCAUCUCCCAGAUUGUGUGAGGCAUCUUGGUCCACUAUGGGGCACAUCAUGCUUCUGGUUUGAGGGCUAUAAUGGGGAUUUGACAAAACUGUUUCAUGGUACACAGAAUGUUGACAUUCAAAUUACCCAUGCAGUUUGCAUUCAUCAGAAGAUACCCGAGCUAACCCCUCUGCUUCCUGCAGGAUCAGCAGCAAAGAGCUUCUACAAACAUCUUGUGGAAGGCCGUCCACUGCCCACUUGUAGAGAGGAAAUUGCAGAGAAGGUGUAUGCGAUAGGUAGCCUUCAAAGGCUUGAUUUAGAUCAACAAACCAGUGUAGUUGUUAAACUUCACAUAAAUUCAAGCGGCUCUGGAAACAUGGAACAAUGUUUCAGUGUAGUCAGUAUCAUGCAACUACAAAGAGAAAUAGCUAUACAGUUCAAUUUACCAAGAAUGGUACUUUAA